AUGCGGUCAAUCCUCCUCAUCRCCGGCGCGGCAUUGGCCUCUGCUGCAAACCUCACUGUUGCCGUACCUGCCUCUCAACAUCUCCCCAACCCGGGCACCCUUCCACCCUCAACCCAUGCCGUUCUCCUAGGACCUCCAGGUGUCCGCUACGACGCGCCCAUACGCCGCGAUAGCACCUUCCUCUUCCCCGAUCUCCCCGAAGCCAGCUAUCUCCUUACAGUCCACUCGAGAGACUACUUCUUUGCUCCUCUCCGUGUCGAUGUCCAACAACCGGCUUCAGCAGAGGAGGAACUCCAGACAAUCGAGGCAUGGCAGACUUUCCGUGGGAACGAGUGGAGCAAUAAAGGUCCCUCUUACGGUGCAGGAAAGGGUGCUCUCACAGUGCAAGUCCGAGCUGCAGCGCCAAAGGAUUUUUACCAGGAACGAGGAGGAUUCAGUCUAUUGGGCUUUUUGAAGAACCCUAUGAUAUUGAUGGGCCUGUUUUCGGUCGUCAUGAUCUUUGGCAUGCCUUAUUUGAUGGAGAAUAUGGAUGCCGAGACCAAAGCCGAGUUCGAGGAGAUGUCGAGCAAAUCCCCACUCACGGGUGCGAGCGGUACUGCAAAUUCACUGCAGAACUUUGAUCUGGCGGGUUGGAUGGCGGGGAGUUCGAAGACUACUGAAGCUCCCUCGGGGGGUGGGGGGAAGAAAAAGUAG